ACGAUGCGGAAUAUUUCUAGAACCAAAAAAGUGGAAACUCGCUCCUACGCCUGCCUGAUGGUGGCAGCACGCUUCACCUCGGCGAGUGACCGGAGCGCUGUCCGACCCCGAAGGCUUCGGUCUUUGUGCUUACUAAUCAUGGGUGAUAUUGCCAUUUGUGGGCGACGACUCGCUUAAAUUGGUAUUGAGGCGUUGCGCGCCAGCGGCGCGACAGGAUUAGUACGCUUUGGCAGGGUCACAAGCGCGUACCUUCCGAUGGCCGGCGCCGAGGGCGUCGGUUGCUGUCCAUUUCGACCGCCAAACGUAACUGUGCUGCGGCAAUGCACGGCCGCGGCCAUGAUCACUGGGCGCAGGUAUAAAAGCACAAGGCGGGAGGCUGCGAAGGAGCUUCGGUAUUUUCGCCUUUGUCCUUCUCGCCUGGAAAAAUCGGUCCCCUUCCCCUGAACCUCACCUUAGGCCAUGGCUUCGGACAGAAUAAGCUUCGCGACAUUGCAGGUUCGCGAGCGCGGCUCGGCGGAUGACGUCUCUGUGAAACAGGAGACCAUUGCUCUUGACAAGGACGCAGAGUCCUCGCCUGCGUCUGCCCCUCCAGAAAUCAACUUCCCUGAUGGCGGGACCAUCGCUUGGCUGCAGGUGGUCGGUUCAUUCUUCUUGUUCUUUAACUCAUGGGGGAUCAUCAAUACGUUCGGUGCCUUCCAGACGUAUUACGAAGGCAACCUACUGAGCGCAUACUCGCCGUCAACAAUAUCAUGGGUCGGUUCAAUCCAGGGCUUCCUCCUGCUCGUCAUCGGCGUGAUGACGGGCCCCAUUUUCGACAUGGGCUACUUCCAUUCCCUUAUCGCCGUCGGCUCGUUCAUGGUCGUCUUCGGGAUGAUGAUGACCAGUCUCGCAACAGAGUACUACCAGAUCUUCCUGGCGCAGGGCUUGUGUGUCGGGUUGGGCGCUGGGUGUCUAUUCGUCCCGAGUGUCGUUAUUCUCGCGACCUACUUCAAGAAGAAACGCUCGUUUGCCACUGGGCUAGCUACCAGCGGUAGUAGCAUAGGAGGUGUAAUUUAUCCUACCGUGUUCCAUCAGCUCCAGCCAAAAAUCGGCUUCGGUUGGGCGACCCGCAUCAUCGGGUUCAUCGCCCUCGCGACACUCUCUAUCUGUUUUAUCAUUAUGCGCACGCGCGGCCACCCACCAGCGAAGCGCCAGCUGAUCGAUAAGAGCGCGUGGAAGGAACUGCCGUACCCGCUCUUUACCCUCGCAUCAUUCUUUGCCUUCGUCGGACUCUACAUUCCCUUCUUUUACAUCAGUGCCUUCGCCCAGGGCAAGACAGGUGCUAGUGCCGAGCUCGCGUUCUACCUCGUCCCGAUUUUGAACGCGGCGUCAACCUUCGGGCGUGUCUCGGCGAACUACCUCGCGGACCACGUCGGCACGCUAACCGUCAUCACGCCAUGCACGUUCAUCUCUGGGGUGCUUGCGCUGUGCUGGAUCGCGGUGCACGACGUCGGGGGCGUCGUGGUCUUCGCGGUGCUGUAUGGUUUCUUCUCAGGCACCAUCGUCUCGCUCUCGCCGUCUACCGUUGCGCAUCUGACGCCUGACAUGAAGCGGAUGGGCGGGCGCAUGGGCAUGAACUUCAGCAUUAGCGGCCUGGGCUUGCUCAUCGGCUCGCCCAUAGCUGGUACCAUUCUGAAUUUGGAGACACACCAAUUUUUGAAGGCGCAGAUAUUCUGCGGUGUCAUGGUGCUUGUGGCUGGUGUGGCUAUGGGCGCGGCGCGGGUGUCCAAGGCGGGAUGGGAUUUGCGAGCCAAAGCAUAGUCAGAGUGAAGAUCCAGACAUUGAUGGUAGCAUACUUGACAGUGUAAUAUAUCCUAAAUCUCACCUUACGUAUCAUAGGACCUCUGUUAGACAUGCCAGUAGCACUCAUCUCAUGUAGCUAUAAUGGGAACAAAUGCAUAGAGACCUGU